UCCGUCUGUGAUGUUGUUUCUGUACGGUUGGUAAUGUUCAUAUUGAUAUGUGUAUGUUGACUUUCAGCUCAUGACAUGACAGUUUUGGUUGCCGCCGGGUUGAUCUGCAUCACCCUCACGUCAACAGUUUCAGCUGCUACGUGUAACAAUAAUCAAAAAUGUUCUGAUUGUGACGGUCAAACAGGUCACUGUCUGACCACGUGUCACCCUGGGUACUUUGACAAGACAUGCAGCUCGACAUGCAGCCAGGGAUGUCGCAAUGGCACAUGUGAACUCUCAGAAGACAAAGGCACUGAUAUAUGUACUGACGGCUGUAUAGCAGGGUACCAAGGCAAUAGAUGUAAAGUACCGUGUGACACACCCGUAGGAGGAUGUACUAAGUGUCCAGGUGGAUGUACUGACAGAUACUGCCAGCAGGGAACCUCCUGUGUAGCUGGAUGUGUGGACUCCUACUAUGGUAUUGACUGCAAGAACUGCUCCAUGAGAUGCCUAUCAUGCGACAGAUCCACAGGAACGUGCCAGGUUUGUCAAGCAACACAUUUCGGUCCGCAUUGCGAGCACAGAUGUGAGCAUUGUGUAGGAACGUGUCUGACAGGAUGUUUGGGGGGUUGUGAAACCGGAUUUUACGGUCAUCGGUGUGAAAUGGCUUGCAGCAAACAUUGCAGAUUUAAUGCAUCUGAGGACUGUUUUCACAAGGAAGGAAACCCGUGUUUGUCUGAAUGUGACAAAGUGAGUGGUGAGUGUAGACAUGGCUGUGCUGAUGGUUGGCAUGGUAACAACUGUUCUUCACCAUGUAACCCGAACUGUAAAGAUAUGCGAUGCGACAUUGAUGGUGUCUGUGCUGAUGGCUGUGUGUCUGGAAACUUUGGUAAGGAUUGUAUCCCAUGCCCACUUAACUGCAAGCAUGGCAUGUGUGACCCACAGAAUGGGUAUUGUCUUAAAGGAUGUAACUCUGGGUUUUAUGGAGACUUUUGUAACGGUAGUUGUGAGAUAUGUCUUGGAGGUGCAUGUGAUCAGGUUACUGGAAUGUGUUUCCAUGGAUGCAAUAUCAGCGGUGGUGCCUGUGAGUCCACCUGCAAACACAACUGCUCCAGAGAAAGCUGUCGGCAGGAAACAUGUGAGAAUGGUCCGCAAACGACACACGGUAUCUUGGGUAUGCAAAUAGGAAUACCAACAGCCUUUGUGCUGUUUCUUAUGGUUAUAAUGGUCACCAACUGCAUCUGUUACAGAAAAGGACUGUGCACCCAGAGGGAGGCUGAAGGGGACAGUGUGAAUCCUGAACCUCUCCCGCAGCAUCCAGCUGCUUCCUCCACGGAGUACAUGGAGCUACACAGAUACUGGGAAAUACCAGAGGAUGGCAGGGACAUGGAAUAUCAGACGAUCAAUGCAGCCUGACGUAGGGAACGUUAGUCCUACACAUUGGAUGCCAUUAUCAAACUACAUCGUGGACGUUUAUGUUAAACCCAGGGUCCUACACCCAUCUACCGCGAGAAAUCCCAAUGCAUGAUCAAAACAUGGUUAUAUGUAUAUAACAUUUAUGUACAUUUAAUGCUCUACCAAAAGUACUGUGCACCAUUUGUUUGAUAACGAUGUAAUCAUCUACAUCUAAACUGUGCAUAUAUUUUAAUAAAUGUUUAUAAAAUCAUCCCCUCUGUUUAAAACAUGGUUGCUUCUUUGAAUGGUUGUUUAAUAUGUAUGAGACAAUGCCAUUGAUUACCUGAUGUUUUGUUCCAAUUUCUCAAGCCCCUCUCACUUAUUUGCUGAACAAACGAUUGGCAUUUAUCAGACUGCUUUUGAGAAAGUUGAAACCAUUCUCGUGAAUUCUCCUCUUCUCAAAGCAUCACAUAUGAAAAUACCUUUCUGACUGGUCAUGGAUGCUUGUGACACUGGUUUUGUUGCACAAACUUGUAUAAUGCCUUGAUUUGUUAAGUGUAUGAUAUCCCUCUCGUCUCUGUAUAUUGCAGUGUGUCAAUGUUAAAUAUUCUGCAAUAAUGUUCUUAGUGUUAUUAUAUAUUCUACCUGGAUUUGUACUUCCACUUUACUCUUCACUGCCUUUGUUAAACGUUUGUAGUGAUUUGUAAACUUAGUUGA